AUGAGUAGGCACCUGGAGAAGCAGCCUUGGGCCAUGCUGGCUGGCAAGAACACAGAACAGGCAGAAAUGUUUCGGACAGGAAAGGCGCUGCAUCCUGUCCACAAAAGGCUGUGUAAAGGGAAGAAUUUGUCUGGUGCCCCAGAGAGGUGUGGUUUGUACAAGGCCAACUUGAACCCCCUCAAGGUGAAAGACGUUAUGGGUCUCCUCGUUAAACACUUCGGAGAGUCGUGGCAGCAGCAUGAAGAGCUCAAGUAUUUUUCCAAGGUUUUCAGCAGAUUCCAAGAUCAAGAAAGGGGAGCCGACGAAGAGGAAGAGCGCCACGGACCAGGCCGGCUGGCCCCUGGAGAAGGUCGGAUAGUGCUGGUGUUCGAGAGCACCGAUGAUUCCGAGCAAAAGAAAAUCGUCGACACGGCGCCGUUCAAUUGGAGCGAGGCUACGCAGAGCUUCUGCUGCUAUCCACUGAAGGUGUUCGUGCCGAGGGAAGCUGGCCGGCCACGCUGUCGCUGGGUGUGCCCGAUCGUGUUCGGUGGUGGCCUAGUGAGUGGAGACACCGUCCACAUUGACGUCACUGCAGCCAUCGGGACAUGUGUACUGCUCACGAGUCAGUCCUACCCUAAGGUAUACCAGUCGAAGCCUGGAGAGCGGUCUGUGCAGCGCUGUGCCUACACUGUGCAAGAUGGCGCCCUGCUCUGUGUGCUGCCCGAUAUAACGAUGUGCUUUGCGGACGCCUCAUUUGAGCAAACGCAGAUAGCGCACCUUUCGAUCGAGGCCAACAUUGUCCUGCUGGAUUGGUACCUCGCUGGACGCGUGGCAAACGGCGAACGAUGGGCGCUGGCCAGGUUGGCAUCGGCGAUCAAUGUCUACGUGGAAAAGGAGCUGGUUCUUCGUGAAGCCGUCGACAUGGCUGCCAUCGCUGGCUUGUCUAUUCAACAGUCCAUGGGCGCCUACGACGUUACGGGUGUGUGUGUGCUGCUGGGUCCUUACCUGGCACCACUGGUGGCCAGCAUCUGUAGCCAACUCGAGAGUCGAGAGCAGUACGGUGUGAAGCCGAGCCGUUCCUGUGUCGUAGCCUGCAGCCCACUGCGAUCCGAUGAUGGGAAGCUGAGCGGAUGUGUGAUGAGGAUCAUGUGCUUGUCAUCGCAGCAGGCCUACUCAAAGCUUGAAGAGCUUCUUGAACCACUCUUUUUCGUUAUUGGUGGAAACCCCUUCGCUCUGAAGUACUAAGGCUACAG